AUUCUAAAUCAAAAAGGCCUGUUCCCCUCACUGUGUCUCUCCUGGGGCAGCUUUAUUAUUAGAUCUUAAAUCACUUUUGUCAGGUAGAUCUGAGGCUCAGUUGACAAAACAAUGUCAUCCAAGAUGUUCCCCCUGUCUCAUUUGGAUGCUGAUCCAACAUCAUGCCCUUGCAUUGGAAGAGGAAGAAGCAUGGCAAAUGUCUCUACAGAACAAGAAAACAAGCCUACUGUGGCUGUCCUACUGCUGAGAGGGAUCAAAGACGACCUUCUGCUGGACAUUGAGCGCAUCAUCAGUGAGAACGAGGAAGAUGGAGAUGAGGUGAAGAUGAACACCAUCCACCAGUUCACCAGCGCAGAAGAUAACCAGCAGGGCCAGAGAGAGUCCCCAAGCCCAAGCAGGCAGCAUGGUGACCAGCAUGAGUCCAGGAUCGAGUUCCUGGGGUGGUCCAUGCCCUACCCAAAGGACCUCUGGAUCCCCGACUACCCUGACAGCGAGAGGUACUGGAACUACAUCAGGUACGCGGAGGCAGUGGACCGCCUCAACAAGGCUCUGGCCCCUGGCAAGCCCUGCAGGACCUGCGUGGAGAAACUGCAGAGGAUCUACGGCCAGGAGCCCAGACUGGGCCGCAUGCCCAGCUCAGACGAGGAGGCCAUGUGCACCCACGCCUUCAGCACCAGGCCAGAGGACAACUGCUCCAGGGCCUGCUACUACCAGGGAGAAGGACCAAUCUGGCAAGAGCCUUGCUCAUCAGACAUGGAGGUGUGGUCUGAAGCCAGCCUCCCCAGGACCGGGGAGAAGAGAGAGCGCCAGGCCUCCAGGAGCCCCCCCAGCGUCUCCACCGCACCACGCUCCCCACCCAAGAAGAGGAUGCUGGCCGAGUGGAGACGGGCCGAGGACGACUCCAACUAAACUCUGUGGCCCACGGCGGUGGUCCGGCCCACAUGUGGCCCACAUGCCCCUAGCCACCACCCCCCAUUUCUCAAAAAUACGUCUUCUUUUCAUCUUUAAAAAGUCUUUAACAAACUCAGUAUUUUGGUUUGCCCCCUUUUUUCUAUUAAAACCCUUAAACAUACUCUGCAAAUAAAACCGCAUAAAACUUCAACUUCAACUUCAACUUCA